AUGGAUAGGGAUACUUGCAUCCCAGAAACUCGUGUUAGGAUCGAUCUUCCAGAAGAAGCAUAUUCAGCAUCCCAGUCAAAACAAGGACCUGUUGAAGGGGAUACACGAAUUAGGUUUGAUAAAUUUGGCUCUCUUAAUCAAUUGCCACCUGGAGUUCGUCAACAUUCCAACCUUUACCAUGCCUUCCCUGGCGUCCAAUCCAUUGCUAACUCCACUCCAAUUCUAUCCUGCCCACCUCCCAGAGUAUUGUCCUCCAAGGGCAAAUCUCAAAGCUCCGGUUUCCUUCCGUCCAUGUCAAUCACUAACGGGGUGUCUGCGCAUGUACACGCAUCCAACACUCAUGCUGAAAUUUCCAACACUGACUACUCACCUAAAUCUACUGUAACCGCCCUUGCCAGUGGGAAGGAAGCUCCUAUCUCUUCCAACUAUAUCGCGCAGGAUCGAGCAUCCAGCCCAGAUGAGCUGACUUGCGAUUCGGGCUUGGAUGAUCUAUCCCUUGCUGAGGAGGAUAGACUAAGACUCCAUGCUGCCUGUCUCGAAGGUCGUCUGUCUGUCUAUGGACGUGAGGCGGAAACCUGGCUUCGAGAGCGUGCUGAGCUCUCUACGGAGGCCGCCUCUCUGCGCAAGCGCCUUGAGGCUGCAAAAUCAACUCUCACUGAGGUGCAGACGCAGUCAGAUCAGAGGGUAACAGAGGCUAUGAACAAAUCACGCGAGGCACAGGAAUCGUUGCGUCAUGUACAGGAACAACUGAGUCUCAAGACUCUAGAAAAUGAACAACUCUCCGCAAAUCUUACCGCUGCCCAACAGGACUCAAUCUAUCUCAAAUCUCAACUCGCCGAUGUUCAGCAAAACAGCGUAGCGAAGGAUCAGGCUCUGGCCAGUUUGCGGGAAAAGAUGUCCGAGCUUUAUGCGGACAUGGAGUCCAUACGAAUGGCUCACUCACAGGCGCUAGACAAUAAAACAGACCUGACUGCUGAGUUGGCUAGUCUGAGGCGUUCACAGGAGUGGUAUAGGGAACAGCUGCAGUUAACAGAAGCGGCACGAGAUAGGCUGAUGGAACAGUUGAAUUCCAUGCGAAAGUGGUUGGAUCAGAGUGGAACGUCGGCACAACAGUUAGCGCAAGAAAAUGCUCGUCUAGAGACCAAGGUCAUGUCAGGCGAGGCUGCUUUAGCAGAGGCAAAGCGAAACCUUUCCCAUGAGUUGGAAGCGAUACGCGCCGAUAUCUUGGAAAGGGAGGCUAUUUUCGAGAAGAUUGUGGCCGAGCGCGCUGAUCUAGAGGCGUUAUGUCGACAGAAAAGUCACCAAAUCACUGAAUGUCAAAGUCGCAUAUCCACUUUGCAGUCUGAUUUGAGUGAAACAGAAAUGGAGGUGUCGGAACUUCGUUCAUCGCUGGAUCAUUUCAGACACACACUGCAGUGUGUUGAAACGGAGAGGGAUAAUUUGCGCGCAACUGUUAAUGGUCUGGAGGCUCAAAUGAAUCAACAGAAGGCCUUAAUGGACCAACAGUUGGCGCAGUACAAAGACGUCUGUUCAAAAUUGACACGUCUUGAGGAUAGUAGCUACGAGCAAGCAGGCAAUCUUAACAGAGCACUUGAAGAGAAAGCAGCUCUAGAGAGCUCUUUGACUGCAAUUUACAAAGAGAAGGCCACUCUUGACGCCUGUCUCAAUCAACUGAAGGAAGAUAUGUCUCGCGUUGAGUCCAACUUUUCUGCCCUCCAAUGUGAACUGGAUUCAAAAAACUCCGAGCUUUCAAAUGUCCUCCUUAUUCGUGAUGAACUCUCAAAUGAUUUGGAGGUGCUACAAGCAGCACUUCAUGAAAAGGGGGAAAAAGUUAAGGAGCUAGAAAGUGAGCGUGAGCAGCUGCAGAAUGCCUCCUUGUCCUUGCAGUUAGAGAAUGAGGGUUUACGAGACGAUAUCAAGCGCCUGGAGGCUUCUAUUGCUCCCGCCUGCGAAGAGGCAGCCAGUAAAGCUCGUGAGCCCCUCAUAACUGAGAUAGAGAGAAUAAAUUCUCAAUCAGAGGCUCUUCAAACCGAACUUAAGGGUGUGCGUGAACAGGUUGCGAGCUUGCUAGUUGAUCAGGAGCGUUACUGUGCCCUCCUGACCACUCAUCGAGCAUUGCAGCAGCAAUAUGAUGCUCUUAGUUCCGCUUACACUGCUUCCAUGGAAGAAGCUAAUGCGAAGCAGACAGAUUUGUGUCAACGUCUGCAACAAGUUGAGGCUUCGUACUCUCAAGCACUGCUCACAAAGUCGUCGGAGAUAGACUCACUCACCCAUCAGCUGGAUGAAAAGGUUAAGGAUGCCCUAGCAUUACAAUCAGAAAUUGCUUCACUGAAGGUGAGCCAUCAGCAGUCGAUGGCUCAACAAGCUGCCGACUGGGCUCAGCAACUUUCCAGCCUCGAGUCCCGCCUACACGCGGCGGAAUCGCAACGGGCUGCGAUUGAGCAAAAACUGCAGGAGGUUUUGGAGCGUGAAAGAAACACGAACGCGAAGCAGCAGGCAGAGAUGGAGGUCCUCCGCGCCGAGGUGGCAAAAAUGGAGUCGCGCGUUUCCAAGUCUGAGGCCCUGGAAGCGAAGCACCGGCAAUUGAUGCACGAGUUGGAGGCAGCUAAGGGGCGUGAAAUGGGUCUUUCGGACACUGUGGAAGAUUUGAAGCGCCACACGGCCAGCCUCGAGACCACACUAUCCCAACGCGAGGUGGAGAUUGUGGAACUAUCUGAGCGAAUGGAGAAGUCUUCUAUGUCACCAGCGGCGGUGGAAACGGAGGUUCCAAUUCAGCCGGUGUGUGUACAACAGGAGCUGGCUGCAGCCCUAGUUCCGGUACCGUGCUCCACCUGCCAGAUUCUUUCAGCCGAGGUUGUAAUUCAUUCAGAAGCCGUGAGCCGGAUGCAGACGGAGCUGGCGAAGGUGCAGGCGGCGCUGGAGUUGGCAAGGCAGGAGUUAGCCGCGCAGUCAGCUAAGACGGCCAAUGAAGCGUUCGGUCGGCAACAGGCCUGUGAGGCACAGAGACGGGCGGUGCAGGAGGCGGAGCGGCUGAGACACGAAUUAACGGAGGCACAGCAGCAGCUGUCAGAUGCCAAACACAUUGCUAGCAUUGCGCAGGCUAAUGUUGCCACUCUGACGACGCAUUUGAAUUCUAACGAUAGGUCGACUUCGUCUGAGGUUCACGCACUACAGGAGGCCAUGCAAGUCAUGAAGAGACAUCUGGAAGAACUGAAACGAGAGCUGGCAGAAACAAAACAGGAGUCCUGGCACUACCAGUCCAAUCUCUCGGACCUUCGUGGCUCACUACGCGGUCUAAUUGAGAAAAGUCAGGUGUUUGGCAGCGACGACCCGUCCUCCACCUCUCUCGCUGCCACCGCUGGUGCAGCAGGCUCCACUCCGGUCUACAUCAACGUGGUGGGAGUUUCUGAGUUAGAGAAGCUGCUCGUAGAUCGGGCUGACAAUGCUCUUUUGGACAGCAAGCCUCUGUUACGUGUCAGCAGUUAUUUGAAUCGCCUACAACAGGAAAUCGACUCGCUGGAGAGCCAGGUUAUUCAUCACGCCACUGUGGUUCGCGAUUCUGUGGCUAAUUGGCGGUAA